CCCGUCUAGGAGGCUGUACUACAAACCUCCAGAUGCCAGUCUGUGGGAUUCAGCAGAGAAUGAGUCCCCUGUUCUCCUUUCAUCUGUAAGCUGCUCUGCUCGCAUCCACUGUCUUCAUGUCUACCUUACUCCUCAAUCUGGAUUUUGGGGAACCUCCUCCGAAAAAGGCCUUAGAGGGGAAUUCCAAGCACCAAAAUUUUGUCAAGAAGCGGCGGUUCUUGGAACGGAAGGGCCUCCUGAGUAAGAAAAAGCAGCCCCCUGGCAAGGUGGCUAGGUUGCACUCAGACUCUCCAAAGAAAGAGGAGACUGCUAAAGUCGAUGGCACUUGGAAGGUCCCUCCUCUCCCAAAAAAGAAAAAGACAGCCGCCUCCAGCAGUGGAUCAGAGCAGUCCCUGGACAAGAAAGCUACAGUGCCUUGGCUGACCCCUGCCCCUUCACAGGAGGGUCAUUCUGUUGCAGCUAAAGUAGAUUUGCUGGGGGAGUUCCAGAGUGCCCUUCCAAAGAUUAAGACCCACCUAGUCUGCUCCCAGAAAAAGCAUCCGCAGAAGAACCCCCCUCAGAAGAAUGCCUCCCAGAACUCCACUCCAGCUCACUCAGAGAAUAACUGCCCUGGAGUAUCCCAGGAGAUGCCAAGGAAGAUGGUGGCAGUUGACUGUGAGAUGGUGGGCACAGGGCCCAAGGGACAUGUCAGUUCCUUGGCUCGAUGUAGCAUUGUCAGCUACGAUGGUGACGUGCUUUAUGAUGAGUACAUCCUUCCCCCCUGCCACAUUGUGGACUACCGGACCAGGUGGAGUGGUAUCCGGAAGCAGCACAUGGUGAAUGCUACACCCUUCAAGAUUGCUCGGAGCCAGAUCUUGAAGAUACUCACAGGGAAGAUAGUGGUGGGACAUGCCAUCCACAACGACUUCAAAGCCCUCCAGUACUUUCACCCCAAGUCCCUCACCCGCGACACCUCCCAUAUCCCCCUCCUCAACCGGAAGGCCGACUGUCCAGAGAAUACUACCAUGUCUCUGAAACGUCUCACGCAGAAGCUGCUGAACCGGGACAUUCAGGUUGGGAAAAGUGGACAUUCCUCUGUGGAAGACGCCCAGGCCACCAUGGAGCUGUAUAAGUUGGUUGAAGUGGAAUGGGAACAGCACCUGGCCCAGAACCCCCCAGAAGACUAGCAGCAGUGGGGACGCUAGUGAUGUGGGGAGGUAGAAGCAGCACCCAAGAGAGACAGGCAAUGUACCAAUGGACAGCUCCACCAGCUCCACACCGUCGGGAGCUAGGCAGGCUCCCCAGACUUAAUAUCGAUUGAGACUUCGCCUCAGAUGUUGAGUUCUGUGUCUGGUUAAGUGUCCCCUGGAAGUGGGAACCCUCCACGUCAGAACCCAGCCCUAUACUGUUUACCUCUUAAGUGGUGCUAACUACGGGUCCCAGGGUGCUUUGCUACAGUCAAGCUUUUUGACGUUCAAGGGACAAGGCAUACUGGGAAAUGUAAUUUUCCCAACUGCCUCGUCACUAGGGUGGCCACGUGUCCCAGUUCAUGCCGUUUAUCCUUGAGUAACUGAUAGCACCAUCUUUCCCUGUCAGAAGUAUCCUGGUUUGGAUGCUAAACUGUAUGGUCACAUUACAUGUCAUAGACUCUGUCCCUUUGACUCAGAGUCUCCACCUGGCCUGUGUCUGGAUAUUGCUUGUUCUUCCCACAGUAACUUCCAGAGGAACCAUCCCUGGUGAGGUUUAGUUCUCCUUAGGGCUACAAGCAAUAGAGGUAAGAGAGCAUAGCUUGGAAACCAACUUUUCUAAUUUAGGAAAUCAGUCUCUUUCCUGAGGACUUAUUUAAUUCAGGUUCCUCUGAGGUUAAAAAAGAAUUUAAACUGUUUUUAAUGAUUUUUAGUCUUCUUUCACCCUGCCGACCCAAGCUUCUAAAAACGCAAAUUAACUCGUUUGAUAAAAUUUUAUAAUGUAAGAACAAUUGUGUGGGAUUGUUAAUUUUAUGUUCCAUAGCUUUGUCGCAGGUCUUGUGUGGGCUAUAGUUGUGUAAAGGGGCUCCCAGGGUCUCUGGCACUAGCUGGGGCCUUUGUGUUCUGGAACUCGUCGAGAAGCACUGACUGAGCCUUUGUGUGUAACCCCUGUGCUCGAGUGCAUUGUCCUCGUCCCUACCACAAAUCAGUGAGCACACCCAAAAGGACACCCCAAGCCAUACAGGCACCCUCACACAAGAGGGUGUGUAAUGAGAGUGAAUCAGAGGGGGCCUGCGGGAGGGACAGCAGGGGAGGACGUGUGUCAAUGACACCACCCUGGUCGCUGCUGCCAGCUCCUCCUCAGUGAUACACAUUGUCAUCUCGGGAAGAGCCUAAUGAUGUUUUCUAUUGCUGAUAGACCCCUUCUGCAGGUGAGAGAGGGAAGGGGCAAAGGGUGUGAGAACCGUAUCCUCCCCAACUUGUGAGUCUAAAACUUCACUUAACAACCCAUUGCAGUCGAGUCAAUUCCAUCUCAUAGUGCCCCUAUAGGACAGUAGAACUGCCCCGUAGGGUUUCCAAGGAGCCGUUGGUGGAUUUGAACUGCCAACAUUUUGGUUAGCAGCCAAGCUCUUAAGCACUGUGCCACCAGGGCUCGAUAAAGGGUCUCAGAAGGGGGGAGGGUGUGUGAUUUGAAAUUUCAGGCGAUAGUACUGCCACUCCUUCCACCCGUAAGAAUCAGUGAUUGAGCGAAGGCUCCAGGGAGGUAUCAUUUGAUUUCUAGUUCUAACAGAUGAUCAUAGUUGACUUCAGAAAAGAUCAACCAUACUGUAAUUGGGAACCUGCCGCCAGGGCAUAGUAGCCCAAGUUCAAGUUUAGAGAGGCAAACACUCAUGUAUACAGUGUGCCAGGUGCGUGUAUGAUCUACAUCUACAGUCUGUACAUUGUGGCUCACAAAGCACUUUUGCUUUAUUCUGUAGAGCAACUCCACUGAACAGCUGACAGCUUAAUGGCAAGUUACAUUGUAUUGAUACUGGGUUCCAAGUUUGAUUUUUGCCACUGACUAAAUUUGUGACUAGGAGGAAGUCACUUUGCCUCUUGGAGCCUCAGUAGUUCUAGCAUCAACAUCCCAGGAUUCUUUCUAACCUUGAUGUUUAACUGAUGGUUACUAUAAUUAGUAAUAAUAGCAACCAUUUAUUGAGCGCUUCUCUGCUAGGAGUCCCUGCGUGGUGCAAAUGGUUAAGUGUUGGCUGCUAACUGAAAGGUUGGCAAUUCAAAUCCACCCAGAGGUUCCUUAGAAGAAAGGCCUGGCAAUCCACUUCCAAACACUCAGCCAUUGAAAACCCAACGGAGCACGGUUCUAUCCUGAAACACAUGGGGUCGCCGUGAGUCAGAAUCAACUUGAUUACAGCUGGUUUGGUGGUUUUGUGUUCUCCCUGUUAAGCUCCUUAUGUACGUUAUCUCAUUCUCUGUAAGGUAGGUGGUAUUAUCCUAAUUUUACAGUUGAGGAAAUUGAGGCGGACAAAAGGUAAGAAACCUUCAGGCCAACUAGCUGGAAGUUGGCAGUGCUGGCAUUCAAACUUGCCAGGUCUGCCUGUCUUAACCACUGCCCUACUCUGCUGUUAACACAUCCAAGUGGCAUCUGGAGAGACUUGGAAUCCUUCCACUGAAAUAUUUAUUGAGCACCUGCUGUGUGCCAGGCAUGUGCUAGGCAUUGGAGAAACAGACCAUUGUCUCUGUCCCCUAGAUGCUUCCAGCAACCUGAAGAGGAGAAAGGAGUAAAAUAAUCUCAGUGGGCUGUGGCAAGUGCUGUCCAGUCAUUGAAGGAUUUAAAGCAGGGGAGUGAUGUGAUCAGAUUUGUAUUGUAGGAUGACAAAGUUGGCAGCCAAGUGGAAGCUGGAUUGGAAAAGGGCCAGGAGAGGGGUUAGUCUGCUGGCAUAAAUUGGAUGAGCCAUGAGGGAGGCCUGAAUCAAUGAAGUGGGAGGAUGCAUAUAAGCAUCAGUGGGGAGGCAGAAUCAACAGGACUUACAGGUCAGGGCAAGAGGAUAAAAGGUUGAUUUGAUGUUUCUGAAUUAGGGUGAAUGGGAAGUAGUGGUACCACUUGCCAAGAUGGAGAGUAUGAUGGGGGAAGAAGAUGAGUUGGAUUUUGAUCAGGUUGACUUUGAGCUGCCUGAAGAUUCCCAAAUGGAGAUGUCCAGUUAGCAGCUGAAUAAACUAGAAUGGAGCUAAGCGAAGCAAAGAGAUCUGGGCCUAGAAACAGGCUUAGGGCCAACAGUGUAGUAAUGGGAUGGAACCCUUGGAUUGGGAUGAGGCCUUUCAGAGAGGGUAUAUAGAGAAGGUCAGGGUCAGAAUCUUGAGAAAUACCAGUACUCACAGGCUGCUGGAGGAAAAAAAGCCAAUGUGAAAAUACAGUGGGUAGCGUCUGACCUCCUCUAACUUCACGAGAGGGAGGAAGACUCACCAUCAGCAUCAACCCAAAGCUGGUUCCUAUGCGGUGGAGGUCAGACAUGCCUCUGCCCUCCAACCUUUUCACCAAUUCUGAUGCCAUCUGUCUCUCCCACUGCACUUUUCUACUGCUGGGUUCGAUA